AAAUAAAAAAAAGGGGAAGAAAAGGAAAAAGAAAUUGAGGAAAAGAAAAGAAAAAGAGUUUACUGGGUGAAGGAUGACGAAUCCCAUCCCAUCCCAAAUUCCCAACUCCACCAGCCACCAAUCACCCCAUAUUCACAUUUUCCAUUUCUGAGAUUUUCCCUACAAACACUUUCCAUAUUCAUUCCCACUUUUCCCGAAAACCUCAAAUACCCACGCAACUUACCAAAAAAAAAAAAAAAAAACAUAAAACACUCAUUUGCUUUUCUCUCUCUUUUUUUUCUCUCCAAACACGCCCAAACCACCCUCUUCCUCUGUUUGUUUCCGAGGAUAACCCAAAUUCCCUAGCCGGAAAAAAAAAUUUAGGGUUUUUUUUUUCCGGCAAAAGAAUGGUGACCCCAGAAAACAACACCAAUUGGCUCUUCGAUUACGGAUUGAUGGACGAUAUCCCUGUUCCCGAUGCGAAUUUCUCUGUUCCUAACCCGGGUUUCACUUGGCCUGUACAGGCUUUGAAUGGUUCUUCCAGUGUUAGUGUGGAAAUUGAUGGCUCAUUGGGGGAUUCAGAUGGCGUCAAGGAGUCUUGCCCAAAGAAGAGGGGUAGAUCUGAAUCAUGCUGUGCAUCUAGCUCCAAAGCUUCUCGGGAGAAGCUGCGUAGGGAUAGACUGAAUGACAAGUUUGUGGAACUGGGCACUAUUCUGGAGCCUGGAAGGCCUCCUAAAACGGACAAGGCUGCUAUUUUAAUUGACGCCGUCAGAAUGGUGACUCAGUUACGGGGUGAAGCCCAAAAGUUGAAGGAUUCAAAUUCAAAUCUCCAGGAGAAGAUCAAAGAAUUAAAGGCUGAGAAGAAUGAGCUCCGAGAUGAGAAGCAGAGGCUAAAGGCAGAAAAAGAGAAGUUGGAGCAGCAAAUGAAAGCCAUGAAUGCACAACCUAGCUACUUGGCUCCCCCUCCUGCAAUCCCUGCUGCAUAUGCUGCUCAGGGCCAGGCCUCUGGCAACAAAUUGUUGCCUAUCAUUGGUUACCCUGGAGUCGCAAUGUGGCAGUUCAUGCCACCUGCUGCAGUGGACACCUCACAGGAUCAUGUACUUCGCCCACCAGUUGCUUAAGUUGGGCAACCUACGAUGAUUUGGGUUACAUUUUGACCCAAACAAGUGUAUUCAUUUUGUUAUUGUUAUUGCCUGUAUUAGUUUUUGCCGAAGUCUUCUAAGGUCUAACUGGAUUUGGUGGAUGACUUUAUUUGCGUUGCAACUACUAUUAUGAAUUGAUGCUGGAAUGACCAUGUAAAUGUUAAUAAAUUUGUCUAGCCAUCUUUGUUUA